UUGGUACACAUGGACGUGGCAGCACCACCACAAAGGGUUUGCCCCUGGGGUGGGGUUGGGGAUCGAAAAAAAAACAGAGGGGUGGGUUGCUGCAUCUGCGGCGGCGGUGUGGCCGCGCCGGCGGAGCCGUUUUGCAAUGGAUUUCCCCGUUUCUCCUGUUGACAAAUUGCCAAUCUUUCCAGAUGAGGCAUCUAGCGCGGCGGCGCUGCUCGAGAUGUGCGGGCGCGGUGCAGAACGCACCGGCGAGGGAUCUCGUGGGGCAGUCCUGUGCGGGGCAGCGCGGACCUCUGCUGAAAACACCGGUCGUUUUUUGGGCGAAGAAUCAAGUGUUGGCGGGGUUGGAGGACCUAUGCCCUAUUUCAGCGAGAGCGAAGGCGACAACGCAGAUGCAAUCCAGGAUGAGGAGCAGAAAGAGGCUGCAAUGGGAGAAAUUGGUGAAGACGACGAUGCUGCCACUGUUCAGUCCACUGGGAAGGUAGAUCCUCAGGCUCCAGGAUGGACAAAAAGGGUAAGAGUUGGGAAUCAGCCGUUGGAUAGAGUUUCAUGUCCUGAGAGAGUAGGGGCACUGGAGCAAACAAUCAGGGGAUAUGCUGAAAAGCUCGGGGAUCAUGUGCUUGAGCCAGUAAUUGGGAUGACAUUUGAUUCAUUGGGCGAGGCGUACGAUUUUUAUAAUUUGUAUUCUUGGGAAAAUGGCUUUGGCAUCAGAUACGCCAAAAGCAUGCUUAAUGCAGAGAAGACAAAGUGUAUGCAGGAAGUAGUAUGUGGAUGUGCCGGGAAACCAACUAGGGAGAAUAGCAGGUCCUGCCGGUGUGAGUGCCCCGCGAUGAUAAGAUUGUUGAGAACAUCAGACAAUGGCUGGUACAUAACAGAGCACAGACCAAGUCAUAAUCAUUCAAUGACGCAGACAUGCGGCGAGAAAGUGCAUUGGCUGUCACAUAAGCACAUAGACAUGUACACCAAGGAUUUGGUGAAGCAGCUAAGGCAGAAUAAUGUGAAUGUCACAAAGGUGUACAGCAUAAUUUCAAGUUUUUUCGGGGAUGCUGAGAAAGUUCCAUUUACUAAAAGAUCACUGCGAAACCUGUGCGGUAAGAUUAACAGAGAGCAAGCUGAGGAUGAUGUCAAGAAGACAAUUGAUGUCUUUGCUGAGAUAGCAGCUAAAGAUCAGGAAUUUGUUUUUAGAGUACAACCAGAUAACGGCUGUAGGAUUAAGAAUUUGAUGUGGGCUACAGGCAUCAGUAGAAACCAGUACAUGUAGUUCGGGGAUGUGGUCACAUUUGACACAACAUACAGGACAAAUCUAUAUGACAUGCCGUUCGGGUUGUUUGUUGGUGUGAACAACCACUUUCAGAGCAUCAUAUUGGCUGGGGUUCUUCUACAAGACGAGCAGGUUGAGAGCUUCGAGUGGGUCUUCAGUGAGUUCGUCAGGAUGAUGGGAGGGAAGGCUCCCGUAACUAUCCUCACAGGUAUGAGAACAGCUGGCAAAAGUCCUCUGUUUUUUGCAUAAAAAAUGUUCAUUGGAAAGAUAUAAACAUUUUUUUGAUUAUUGUGAAUGUUGCUGUUGAGCAAUGUGGUUAAUCACCAAUUGAGGAGAAGCUUGUCCAACAUCGUUUGAGAUGGUUUGGGCAUAUUCAGCGCAGGCCUCCAGAAGCUCCAGUGCAUAGCGGACGGCUAAAGCGUGCGGAGAAUGUCAAGAGAGGGCGGGGUCGACCGAUUUUGACAUGGGAGGAGUCCGUUAAGAGAGACCUGAAGGAUUGGAGUAUCGACAAAGAGCUAGCUAUGGACAGGGGUGCGUGGAAGCUUGCUAUCCAUGUGCCAGAGCCAUGAGUUGGUUGCGAGAUCUUAUGGGUUUCACCUCUAGCCUACCCCAACUUGCUUGGGACUAAAGGCUUUGUUGUUGUUGUUGUUUGCUGUUGAGCAGAUCAAUGCAGAGCCAUGUAGGUGGCUUUGAAAAGUGUUCUUCCCUCGACGGCUCACCGGUGGUGCAAAUGGCAUGUGUUGAAAAAGGUGAAGGAAACUCUUGGGCCGAUGUACACAAAGUAGACAGAUUUCCAUGAUGAGUUCCACAAGGUGGUUAAUCACAUGCUUACAAUUGAUGAGUUUGAGCAAGCCUGGAAGAUGUUGAUAGAGAAGUACAACCUAGAAAGCCACAUCUACCUUUCUCAAGUGUAUGAGGUUAGGCACAAAUGGGCGAAGCCAUUUUUCAAGGAUGUGUUCUGUGUUAAGAUGACCAGCACGCAGCGGAGUGAGAGCGCUAACAGCAUGCUGAAGUCAUAUGUCCCCCCGGGAUGCCCAAUGCAUAUGUUUGUGAAACAUUACAUGCGCCUGCAGUUUGCCCGGGAUGCGGACGAGAGCUAUGAAGAAAAUCGGAAUAAAACUGGUGGUGUGGUAGUCAAAUGCAAUAUGUCAUUGGAGAGGCAUGCGGCGAAGGUGUACACACGGGCGAUGUUCGAGAAGCUAGGAGAUCUGUUGUACCAGGCUCAUGCAUAUAGAAUUGAGGAAGUCGAAAAGGGUAAGAUUUACAAAGCGACACACACGCAAGCAGAUAGGUGUGAGAGGUGGUCCCGGGUUGUCUUUGAGGUGAAGAUUUUGGAUGAUGGCGCCAUGUUAAAGUGCGAAUGUGGGCUGUUUGAACACAUGGGCAUGCCGUGCUGCCACAUGCUUAAGGUUAUGGAUGUUCUCCCAUCACACCUUCAAGGUUGAUAAUGAAAAGGUGGACUAGGGAUGCGAGGGAUGUUCUCCCAUCACACCUGCAGAUAUACCAGCGAGACCAUGCUGGGAGCAGGACGAUGACGCAUCGGCACACAGCUUUGUACGUGCACGCGAUGGAGCUGGUUCGGCUGGGCAACGCAUCAAUAGAGGCAUACGAGAAAGGCAUGAAGAUAAUUAGGGAUGGGAUUGUUGCGUUGGCUGAAUAUGAUGAUCAGAGAGAUGGCUUGGCCUUGGAGGACAGGGUUCCUUUGGCAAACAUGGAGGCAAGGCAAUGCGAAGGGGCAACACCGGAAAUGGCUGGCCAUGGAGGAGAAAUGAAUGUGGAUACUUUGGCUGGCCUCGAUGCACCAGAGAGGAGGAGGAAACUUGGUCGACCAACGAGCAGCAGAGAAAAGGCGCCGUAUGAAGAGUUGAGUAAGAGAACCAGGUAUUGCAGCAUUUGCCGCGGAAAAGGGCACAAGAAGACGACUUGCCCGGAAAGAGGUGAUCUUCCAAAAAAACCGAGGAAAGAAGCUAAAUGCAGCAACUGCGGUGUUGCCGGUCACAGGCGGAACACCUGCACUAAUGCGGAGGCUGUUAAACUGCAGGCGUGCCCAUGACAGACCUGGUAGUGUUGUAUCUGUAUGGAUAUGUUCUACUAGUCUUGCAAUGUAGUUUUUUCCAAGUGGUUGCGGUUUUAAUUGUACGUGCGGUUGCCGUUUUAAUUUUACGUGAAGUACGCUUGUGUUGAUGUUGAUCCGUAUGGUAUGAAAAGUUUGUCUUGUAAGAAAAAAACUGCAGGCUACAGAGGCGAUCAGUAGCCACAUA